UAUCGAUUAUUUUUUAGUGCAACCGGCCAUACGAGUUGUCAGUAUCGAACAUUAUUCCACGACAUGAUGUUGCGAAGUGUUGUAGUGUUGUGCAUCUUCAUACCUAUAGUUUAUAGUUCAAUAUCGCUCGGUCCGCAUCAACCGAAACCUGAAAAAUUCAAGGAAGCAGAAGGUUGUUACGUCGAAGAGCUAGACGAAGUGGUUCCGUUUGGGCAGGGAAGAUCUUCCAAGAAGGAGUGCCUUGAAUACUUCUGCUACGAGAAGUCUUUAUCUUACGCUUCAUGCGGUUUUGUCGAAGCUCUGCCACCGUGCACAGUACUUGAAGAGAAGGGCAAGCCCUACCCGGACUGCUGUCAAAGAGUAGUCUGCCCAUCCGACAAUAUCACUAAUGCAGAUGGCCUCUUAAUCCAGUGACUGAUGCCUAUGUUUCAUUAAAUAAAUUAUAGUUGUUUAUAUUACAGAGGUCUUUAUUAUUCUGUACUUACUGUAGCCAUGGGAAGGGUCCUUCCGUCUUAUUAAGCUAAAAUUCAGAUAGAAGAUGCUCACGUUGGUCUAAUGUGUGUCAAUGAACCACUUAGGCUAGUCUAGAAUAUUCGUUACUUUUACGAGAUUUACAUAAAAUUCUAAAAAAAAUACUUUUAUCUUUGUAAUUAAGAAUUUUGACUAGGAUCUAGAGUGUUGUUUAAAUCGACGUUUUUCUAUUUAACCGUUAUGUUACGGUAAUAUCUCAUAGAUUUCUUAGGAUGUAAAUAAAAUGCUUGAAUAGUU